AUGGUCCGCGGAUUGUCACGUGCCCGCGGCCUGCUCGACGGAAUUCCCCACCGGCGGGCGGGUUCGUCCGCAUCCGGCCAUGGCGCGGAGGACGCUGUUGCGGGCUACGUCCGCAUGCUGGCCGGCGGGGUCAGGCCUGACGCGUACACGUUCCCGUCCUUGCUCAAGGCUGUAGCGGCGGCGCGGGGAGCGUCGGCGGCGGCGGUCGGUGGUGCCGUCCACGCGCACGUGGUUAAGUUUGGGAUGGAGUCGAACGCCUACGCGGCGAGCUCUCUGGUCGUCAUGUACGCGGCCAGGGGCGACGGCGCCGCGGCGCGUGCGGCGCUGGAGGCGUGCCCCGCCUCGGGAGGAGGGGCGUCGGUUCUGUGGAACGCGCUCAUCUCCGGCCAUAACCGGAGUGGGAUGUUCGGGCUGUCGUGCUGCGCCUUCGUGGACAUGGUGAGGUCCGGCGCCAUGGCCACGGCGAUCACCUACGUCUCGUUGCUCUCGGCCUGCGGGAAAGGCAACAACCUGCUUCUGGGAAUGCAGGUGCACAAGCGCGUUCUGGAGAGCGGGGUGUUGCCCGAGCUGAGGGUGGAGAACGCGCUGGUUGAUAUGUACGCCGAGUGCGGCGACAUGGAUGCAGCCUGGGUGUUGUUUGAGGGCAUGAAGGUCAGGAGCAUUGCGUCCUGGACGUCGGUAAUUUCUGGGCUUGUGAAGUCCGGCCAGGUUGAUCAAGCCAGAGACCUGUUUGAUCGUAUGCCUGAAAGGGACACCGUCGCAUGGACUGCCAUGAUUGAUGGUUAUGUACAGGCUGGCAGGUUCAGGGAGGCAUUGGAGACAUUCCGUUACAUGCAGUUUUGCAGGGUGAGGGCAGAUGAGUUCACCAUGGUCAGUGUGGUCACUGCCUGUGCCCAGCUAGGUGCUCUAGAGACAGGGGAAUGGGCAAGGAUUUACAUGAGCAGACAUGGGAUCAAAAUUGAUGUUUUCGUUGGAAAUGCACUCAUAGACAUGUAUUCAAAGUGCGGGAGCAUUGAGCGUGCACUGGAUGUAUUCAAAGAUAUGCACAACAGAGAUAAGUUUACCUGGACCGCUAUUAUACUUGGUCUUGCAGUGAAUGGCCGUGCUAAGGAGGCUAUUAACACGUUCUAUAGAAUGCUCAGGGCUUUGCAAGCUCCAGAUGAGGUGACCUUCAUUGGAGUUCUCACUGCCUGUACUCAUGCUGGCUUGGUUGACAAAGGGCUAGAGUUCUUCCUCAGCAUGACUGAGACCUAUAAGAUCCCCCCUACUGUGGUGCAUUACGGAUGCUUAAUUGAUGUCUUAGGCCGAGCGGGGAAAUUAAAAGAAGCAUUGGAUAAAAUAGAAGAAAUGCCCAUGAAGCCCAACUCCACUAUCUGGGCAACCCUUCUGGCAGCCUGUAGGAUUCAUGGUAAUUCAGAAAUAGGUGAAUUGGCAGCAGAGCAUCUACUAGAGUUGGAUCCAUACAACAGUACGGCAUACAUCUUGUUGUCCAAUAUGUAUGCAAAAUCCAAUAGAUGGGAAGAUGUCCAGCGGAUUAGGCAGGCAAUAAUGGAGAAAGGAAUCAAGAAAGAACCUGGUUGCAGUAUGAUUGAAAUAAACGGCAUGAUUUACGAAUUUGUAGCUGCUGAUAGAUCUCAUCCUAUGAGUAAAGAAAUCUACUCAAAGUUGGAAAAGGUUCUAACUGAUCUGAGGAAUGCUGGAUAUGUGCCUGAUGUAACUGAGGUCUUUGUUGAAGUUACGGAGGAAGAAAAGCAGAAGGUUAUUUACUUUCACAGUGAGAAGUUGGCAAUCGCUUUUGCUUUACUCACUUUGGAAUCUAAUAUGACUAUCAGAAUUGUGAAAAACUUGAGGAUGUGUUUGGAUUGCCACAAUGCAAUUAAAUUGCUAUCCAAAUUAUAUGAAAGAGAGGUCAUUGUGAGGGAUAGGACACGUUUCCAUCAUUUUAGACAUGGAUCCUGUUCUUGUAAAGACUAUUGGUAAGUGGUAACACAUUAUAUAUGAUCCACAUGAACAAUAUCCUGCCAGUCGUACUAGGAGCUGCUACUCAUAAUAGCAUCUAUAGGCAAGUGAUCACCCAAGUGGCCAUUGUCCAACAAGCAUUUCAGUUGAAAUGUAGUAGUGGCAGCAAACUUUUAGUCCAGGGAAUGAAGUUCAAAAUGAGAUAAUAUUCUAAUCCAGCUUAGCCCAUACAUGUUGUGCAGCUCAUUGAGGCAAUAUUUUAAUAUCUUGGUGUAAACCUCUCUGUCACUAUGGUUUCACUGGUGAAUUUCUCAUUGAACGGAAGAGAUUUUCACAGAAGAAUUUCUUACAGCAAUCUUAACUCCAUCUUCUGAUCUGGAGCUAAUUUGGUGCACAAUUGUGCUAUUGAAUACUUGAUUAAGCAGAGGAUGAUGUCUGAUGGAGUUUUACUGGUUCAUUCUUAGAAAAACCAGGUCUAUCGCUAGGCGACUGGUGGCUGCAGGCCAAGGCGCAGUGUCGGAAGCGCUACAGGGCCAAUAUUGACUGUUUAGUUCAGUUGGUGUGCUGGAUGACAUGGAAGGAAAGGAAUGCACGAGUGUUUAAUCAACAGCAGAGAUUGGUGGCCAAGCUGUUCGGUGACAUCAGAGACGAGGUGGAGGUCUGGAAGGUCGCGGGGGUGUUCAAAUUGUAUCACGAGUAGUUGUUAGGCCGCAGUUUUGGUGUGGGUUCAGGGAAGUCUAGCAGACUAGCCCGCUGUGCUCUUCGACAGCUUCUUGUCGAGGUUCCUGUAAACCCCCACUACCGGAGCUGGCUUGCUGGUGGGACUGCCAGGCUGCAAAUGUAAGUCAUGUUAUGCCUCUCGAUUAUUUCUUAGGAGCAAGUCUUUUUAGAACCUGUAGACGCUUUUACUAUUCUUCCACCUUACAUGAUAUAUACUCAUAUCUUUUGAUGGUUUGGUAGCGCCCCGUACCAAUCAAUUUAAUACUACUGACAUUACAACCAGAGUUA